AUGUCGCCGAGGUUGCUCUGUCUAGGGAUCGUUUGCCUGCUCCUCCUGACCGGAGCGGUGCGAGCACAAGACGAGGAAGGCGAUGGUAUCGACGCCAAUGCCGACGAGCUAUGCCAAGAUAGGCCGGGAGACGAGUACUUUCGGCUGACCACCGAUGGUGACUGCCGCGACGUCGUCAGGUGCGACAAAGCCACCGAGAUAGGUGUGACGAGGCUUGCCACGGUGAGGUGUCCCACGGGCUUGGCCUUUGACAUCGAACGCCAGACCUGCGACUGGAAGACCAACGUCAGGAACUGCGACCAACUCGAGAAGCCGCGCAAAGUCUUGCCGAUCCUCAAGACCGACGAGCCCGUCUGUGCGGAGGGCAAAUUGUCCUGCGGCAAUGGCGAGUGCGUCGAGAAGGAGCUCUUCUGCAACGGCAAGCACGACUGCAAAGACGAGUCCGACGAGAACGCAUGCACCGUGGAGACGGACCCGAACCGCGCACCCGACUGCGACCCGACCCAGUGCGUGCUACCCGAUUGCCAUUGCUCGGCCGACGGUACGCGCGUCCCGGGUGGUCUUGAGCCAAGCCAGGUGCCCCAGAUGAUAACGAUCACGUUCAACGGUGCCGUGAACAUCGACAACAUCGACCUCUACGAGGAGAUAUUCAACGGCCACCGCAUGAAUCCCAACGGGUGCCAGAUCAAGGGCACCUUCUUCGUCUCGCACAAGUACACGAAUUACUCGGCCGUCCAGGAUUUGCAUCGAAAGGGUCACGAGAUAGCCGUGUUCUCGCUUACGCACAAGGACGAUCCGCAGUACUGGACGCAAGGCUCAUACGACGACUGGCUGGCCGAGAUGGCCGGGGCAAGGCUGAUCAUAGAGAGGUUCGCCAACAUAACCGACAGCUCGAUCAUCGGGGUGAGGGCGCCUUAUCUCAGAGUUGGCGGUAACAAGCAGUUCGAGAUGAUGGCCGAUCAGUUCUUCAACUACGACGCCUCCAUCACCGCGUCGCUCGGCCGAGUGCCCAUCUGGCCGUACACCCUCUACUUCCGCAUGCCCCACAAGUGCAACGGCAACAGCGGCAACUGUCCCUCCAGGUCACAUCCAGUCUGGGAGCUAGUGAUGAACGAGCUGGACCGUAGGGACGACCCAACCUUCGACGAGUCACUCCCGGGUUGUCACAUGGUCGACUCGUGCUCCAACAUCCAGACGGGCGAUCAGUUUGCUCGCCUGCUACGUCACAACUUCAACCGACACGUCAGCACGAACCGCGCGCCCCUUGGCCUCCACUUCCACGCAUCGUGGCUCAAGAGCAAGAAGGAGUUCAAGGACGAGCUCAUCAAGUUCAUCGACGAGACCGUGCAGCGCUCCGACACCUACUUCGUGACGAUGGUGCAGGUGCUGAAAUGGAUGCAAGAGCCAACCGAGUUGGCGGGUCUCCGUGACUUUGACGCCUGGAAGGAAAAGUGCGACGAGAAGGGCCAGCCCUACUGUUCCCUGCCAAACGCUUGCCCGCUGACCACUCGGGAGCUCCCCGGCGAGACUCUGCGUCUCUUCACCUGCAUGGAGUGUCCCAACAACUACCCUUGGCUCCUCGACCCCACCGGUGACGGUUUCGCCACCAAGAAAUGA